AUUGCUGGACCCUCUCUUCGUCUUCGAUCCAAAAUAGCAAAGCGAGCUAUCUCUGAUCUCUCUCUCUCUCUCUCUCUCUCUCUCACACGAGAUCUCUCUUGAGUCCUUAGAUUCCCCGUAAAUCCCUACUUCUUCGGAGCCAAAAAUGUCGAACAGCGAUACAAUACCUCUUCACCCCUCGUCCCAGUCCGACAUUGACGAGAUCGAGAACCUCAUUCAUGCCAGCGUCCAAUCAAGUCCCGCCACGGUUCUUCCCGCCAGGCCUCCCAGUCCUCCUCGAGCUUCAAUUCCCGUAUCUUCUUCCCCUUUCAUUCCUUCUAACCUUCCACCACCACCACCACCUCAACCUCCGCAACAAUCCUCCAAUCAGAAGCCCCCAUCUGCGCCAGCUGUCCCUCCAGUUCUAACCUCAUCAUCAAAUGGCCGUCCGACUAUCGCUUCCGAUGGGUUCGGUUCCAUCCCUAAUACGCUAACUGAACCGGUCUGGGACACUGUCAAGAGGGAUCUUUCGAGGAUUGUUAAUAAUCUGAAGCUGGUUGUUUUCCCCAACCCCUUCCGUGAAGACCCUGGGAAGGCUUUGAGGGAUUGGGAUCUAUGGGGACCUUUCUUCUUUAUCGUGUUUCUGGGUCUCAUUCUAUCAUGGUCCGCGUCUGUCAAGAAGUCUGAGGUGUUCGCUGUUGCUUUUGCUUUACUUGCUGCUGGUGCUGUAAUUUUGACGUUAAAUGUUCUGCUUCUGGGUGGGCAUAUUAUUUUCUUCCAGAGUAUAAGUCCUGGUUACUGUUUGUUCCCUCUGGCCGUUGGGGCGUUAAUCUGUAUGUUAAAGGACAAUGUCAUACUGAAAGUGAUUGUGGUAUCUGUGACAUUGGCUUGGAGCUCUUGGGCGGCAUAUCCUUUCAUGAGUUCUGCAGUCAAUCCAAGGAGAAAGGCACUUGCUUUGUACCCAGUUUUUCUCAUGUAUGUGUCUGUUGGUUUCCUCAUCAUCGCCAUUGAUUAAAUGCGUCUAUGCACUGAUUACUGGCUCCCAU